CUGUUUGGCCACGCUCCCCGCUGCUCACCCGCCGAGGCCGAGCCCCGGAGCUCGAUUGGUCAAUCUGGCUGCCGCUCAAUUCUCCCGGGCCCGCCCCUCAUUUGUUCCCUGCCAGUGCCCGUUGAUUGUCCUGCCUUCUUGGCGCGUGGGUGGUCAGGCUCCUCUCCGGAAGUGGGCACGGCGCGCGGCCCCAUCCAAACCGCGCGGCCCGAAACCGAGCUGGCCCGCAGGUCUGUGAGCCUAGCCCCGGGAGAAGCUGACAAGCAUGACCCAGGACAUGGGGCUUGAGGACAAACUGCCGGACUUGGGUGGCAGGAGGGAGUUGGACCAGAAAGACAACGACAGCGGCAGCAGCUGGGCCAGCAGCAUCUCGGAGCUGGCGCUGUCCUCCAGCGGCGAGGAGCUGCUGCAGCACCGCAGCCAGCCCGCCAGCCACAGGGUCGAGGUGGAGAGUGAUGAUGAAGCUUCUGAGCCAGAGAUGGCCCUCAGCCUGUCCCCAGUGCCCCUCAAGCCUAAACGGGGCCGGCCCCCCAAGAACAAGUCUGUGCAGCAGCCAAGCCAGGGGAAGGUGCAGCCCCCAGCUGCCACCCCCAAGUCCCAUGCCAGGAAGCCAGAGACCAAGGCGCCUGAGCCCUCUUCACCCAGGAGCAAGAAGAUCUGUGAGAAUGACUCUUCCCUUGAGAAGCGCAAGCGGGGCCGGCCUCCCAAGGCGCAUCGUGUCCCAGUCGCCCCCAGUGCUGAGUCUCCACGUGGGCGGGGCCGGCCUCCCAAGGCACAGUGUUCCCCAGUCGCUUCCAGUGCUGAGUCACCCCGCAAGCAGGGCCGGCCUCCCAAGCCAUGGUGUUCCCCGGUCGCCCCCAGGGCCGAGUCGCCCCGGAAGCGGGGCCGGCCUCCCAAGGCACAGUGUUCCCUGGUAGUGGUCCCCCCCAGCAUUGAGUUGCCCCACAAGCGGGGCCGUCCUCCCAAGGCACAGUGUUCCUCAGUCAUCCCCAACGCUGAGUCACCCCGUGGGCGGGGCCGGCCUCAGAAGGCACAGUGUUCCCCAGUCGCCCCCAGCGCUGAGUCACCCCGCAAGCGGGGACGGCCUCCCAAGGCACAAUGUUCCCUGGUCACCCCCAGUGCUGAGUCACCCCGCAAGCGGGGCCGUCCUCCCAAGGCACAGUGUUCCCCAGUCAUCCCCAGCACUGAGUUGCCCCGCAAAAGGGGCCGGCCUCCCAAGAUCAAGUCUUUGGAGCAGUUGCCAUCCGGCACUCUUAAGUCCCACAUCAGGAAGCUGGAGACCAAGGCCCCUGAAUUGUUCUCACCCGGGAGCGAGACAGACAGCAGUGAUAGCAACUCCCGCCUCGAGAAGCGCAAGCAGGGCCGACCUCCCAAGGUGCACGGUGCCCUGGUCAUCCCCCAUACUGAUUUGCCCCAUGAGUGGCACCAGCCCUCCAAAAAGAAGUCUCCAGAAAUCAACAAGGAGGAUGUACAGCCACCACCCGGUGUCCCCACAUCCCAUGUCAUGAAGCUGGAGACCAAGGUGCCUGAGCUCUCCUCACCAAGGAGCAGGACCUCAGAACUGCCAGGGGAGGCGGAAGCACAGCCCUCACCCAGCACCCCAAAGCCACAUGCCCAGAAUCCAGGAUCCAGUGCCCCUGAGCCAGUCUCAUCCAGGAGCAAGACAGUAAGCAGUGAGCAGCCUCUGGAGAAGCGCCGACGGGGCCGGCCCCCCAAGGUGCCCUGGGCCCCAGCUGCCCCCAGUGCUGAAUCACCCUCCAAGCGCAAACGGGGCCGGCCCUCCAAGAGCCCAGCCUUGCCCCGCGUGGAGGUGGCAGUCCUGUGCUCCGGGUCAGCCUCAGACCGUGACACCUCUGCUGAGAACGAGCCACCUCUGCCUGGCCGCAAGAGGAGGAGGCGGUGGAGGAAGGAGGAGCCUGUCCUGGCCGGCAGUGAGAGCUCGUUGGAUAGUGAGGAUGGGAUGGCCCCACUCUGGCAGAAAGAAAAGCCAGACUUGGGCGGUGAGACCUCGGCCCUGCUCCCACCCCAGAACACCGCCCCUGAAGUGGAGCCAGAUGGCAACUCGUUGGGGGAAAGUAGCGCCCCUGAACACCCCCCAGCCCGCUCCACCCGCAGCACAGCAGCAGUUAGCAGCAGCAAAACGGGGCCCAUCAGUGGCUCACUCAGAAUGUAGAAAAGGAGAAGAAAGGAACAGGUCUAAAAAUUAAAAAGAGCAGCCUUUAAAUCUUCAAAUUCCCACACCACUGUCUGAUGAGGACGGUUUAACUCAAAGGCUUCGGUGUUUAUGGUCUGCUCCUUUCUCUCCUCAUUCAUGCCUCACUCAACUCAGGGUGCUGAAUUUGGUGCUGUUGCCUGUGCUUUGGAACGCUUCACUGGUUUUCUCAUACCCCUGCUUUCGCUUUCCAAUUCUGCAUGGCUAUGCAAUGCCCCCACCAAAUUCCAACUUUUCUAAUAAACCUACCCCUGAUCUUGCCUCUCUCCUUUCCUACAUUGCUUCCCUCGCUUCAUCCUCUCCCUUUCAUAGGAUAUCAGGGUUGGAAGGGACCUCAGGAGGUCAUCUAGUCCAACCCCCUGCUCAAAGCAGGACCAAUCCCCAACUAAAUCAUCCCAGCCAGGGCUUUGUCAAUCCUGAUCUUAAAAACUUCUAAGGAAGGAGAUUCCACCACCUCCCUAGGUAACGCAUUCCAGUGUUUCACCACCCUCCUAGUGAAAAAGUUUUUCCUAAUAUCCAACCUAAACCUCCCCCACUGCAACUUGAGACCAUUUCUCCUCAUUCUGUCAUCGGCUACCACUGAGAACAGUCUAGAUCCAUCCUCUUUGGAACCCCCUUUCAGGUAGUUGAAAGCAGCUAUCAAAUCCCCCCUCAUUCUUCUCUUCUGUAGGCUAAACAAUCCCCAUUCCCUCAGCCUCUCCUCGUAAGUCAUGUGUUCCAGUCCCCUAAUCAUUUUUGUUGCCCUCUGCUGGACGUUUUCCAAUUUUUCCACAUCCUUCUUGUAGUGUGGGGCCCAAAACUGAACACGGUACUCCAGAUGAGGCCUCACCAAUGUCGAAUAGAGGGGAACGAUCACGUCCCUCGAUCUGCUGGCAAUGCCCCUAUUUAUACAUCCCAAAAUGUCAUUGGCCUUCUUGGCAACAAGGGCACACUGCUGACUCAUAUCCAGCUUCUUGUCCACUGUCACCCCUAGGUUCUAAAGGUUUCCUAGAUUCCCAGGCCAGAAGAGAGCAUUAUGAUCCAUCUAGUCUGACCUCCUGCCCUGGCCAUAGACUCUCCCCUCCCAUCUCUUAUAAAUGACUUUUCCUCCCGUAUUCUACGCUGUCCUCCUAUUUUUUUUUUUUUUUUUUUUUGCUUUACUUUACUUGCUUUCUUCAUCAUUUUAUUUUUGUGUCCCCCACCUCGCCCCUCUCAUUUCAUUACGUGAUUUGUUUAUAAAGGUACUCUGUUCUUACCAAAGUCACUGGUAAAUUCCUAAACCUUGAAGUACAGCCUCCUUGUUGGGAAUCAGACCCUAGUGUGCUGCGGGACGGGCGGAGAUAUUCACCAGUAUGCUAAUGAAGAAAGCUGUACGGCUCUGUUUCAUUAUGAAAAUCUUAUCGCCAACUCUUGCUACACCAAGUGAUCAAGGGGUGACAAGGAAGUGAUGGGCUCUUUCCAUAAAAUUGUGAGCAUUUCUGUUCUAGCAAUCAGUCUUGCGGAGACUACCUGUUUUGUAGGCUCUGCAGAGGUGGAUUGCCAUAUUGUCAGAAGCAAUAAAACAGGAGCAGGCUAAGGAAGGAAUUGUCGUAGGACUAACUCUUAAAAUCUUACAAACCAAAAUAGAGAACCACGGAGAGUUGCUUUCUUAUGUAAAAAGGGAAUGGGGCACUAAUUUGAAAGUUUGAUUUAUUUGGUCCAUGACGUUCCCUCAGGAGGAUAGCAAGGGACUGAUAAAACCAGGCAAAGAUUGGCAAGAGUAGGUUUGUAGCCAGAGAUAAGAAAUAAUGUGAAAUAAUGCUGUGACAAUUGCUUAAUCUGUGUGCAAAAUGAUCUUAAAGUAAUAAGAACAGUGCUCCCCUUAAAGCUCAUAAAAAUUCAGGGCCACGGUCUACUUUGCAGAUUCAUUUUGUGGGACUGUUACCUGCAAGUUAAAAAGGAAAUAAAUAUUUUUUUUCUUCAGCAAUGGCUCCUGUGUUGGUAGUCUAGGUAUUCUCCUAUUGGGCCCUACUGGCAAAAUUGAAAUCAGAUCGAGGAACUAACUUUACAGAAAAAAAUCUUCCAAAAUUGUCUUUUGGUGUUAGGGACAAAACAAAAGUACCACAGUCCAUACUGCGCUCAGGACAGGUGGAAAGGAUGAACAGAAUCCGUCAAACUGAUGGUGAGAAAGUUUCUCUCUAAAGGGAAGAGACCAGGACAGUCUCAUUCCGUUACUUGACAUGGCAUUCGGGGCUGCUUUGCUAGUGCAAGAAAUUGCAUUUUGUUUGAGGUAAUGACGCAUGGAGAAAUGAGACUUUCAAAGCAUCUAUGAAAAACUAAUGAUGCAUGAGAUUGAGGGAAUAAAAGUGGAUGUUUUGUGCAAAACUUUCAAAGACUACCUUAAACAAGCACAUGUGUACAUAGCUAACGAAUGGGGAAUAUCAAAGUGAAAAGCAAAAGUGUAUUUUGACAGAUAAAGGAAAAUGACUGGAAAGUAGGAGACCAGGUCAUGCUUCUGUUAUGCUUAUUGAAGCAUAAUUUGUAUAAUAAAUGGCUGUCUCUCCAUUGAACUGUGGAUAAAUUAAACUCAUUUAUGUGUAAUCAGGUUACUGGGAAUAAGAAAAAUGUGGAUAAAGUUUAGCAUGCUAACCAACUUCAGAUGUUUUAGAGGUGCGUCACCCAGACCAAAGACACCAAGGUAUAUCAGUGCAUAGUGAAGAAACCCCCAGGCAUCGGAAGGGAAAAGAUAAACCUACAGGUGACAGAUGAGCCAAUUACACUUCCACCCACUCUGCAAGAACAACUGAGUGCAAUUAGCUAUAGAGAUGUUACAGUGCCCUAAGGUUGGACUGUGCUCGCUUACUGGUCUAACUGCUAUUUCAGUCCCUAGUGCUUUGCUUAAUAAUGUGUAGUUUAUGCAUAUAUCUAUUGUUUUAAAUCUUUCUCAAUGGAAUAUUGCUGAAUUUGUCCACUGUGUAACAACAAAUGUAUUGUUGCUGUAUGCAUCUUUGUUAUUAGACUUAAUAGCAUUUUAUCAGGGACAAGUGCAAAAUCUGGGAGCUGCUCCAGAAACUAUUACAUAGUCUGGUAUCUUUCAAAAUAGGCAACUCUGAAGUUUUGAUGGAAUUGUUUGUUCAGUUUUACGAUUAUUUGGAUCAGGGAUGUCUUUUUUUCCAAAUGGGAGAUUUAGAAAAUAUAAAAAGACACAUUAACUAUUUCAAGUACCAGGCAGUGGAAACAGUUUCUAAAUCUAUAAUAUGCCAUUAAUGGCCUAACUACUGAGGAAAGGUAUAGUGUGUGUGUAUAAUAAGCAUGACAUUGCUAAACUGUUCAUCCAGAAACCAAGAUUAAUGAAUGAAUUACAGGAAAGAAAAGGAACAUGGCAGAGGUAAGAAGAUUAUUUGCACAAUUUAUGAUAGUUGUGUUAACUGCCAUAACCAGUUUGUCAAGUGAUGAUGAAAUGGAUAAAUUUCCUGAUUUUUAUCACUGACAAAAAAUUAGCUAAAUGGUCUUUCCAUCAGUGUAUCUCAAAGGCUCUUGUAAACCGGCAAUGUCUCAAAUCCUGCAAACAGAUUCCCUUGAGCACAAUUUGUAAUUUGGGGUCAGUGACACCUCAGCAUACCAGAGGUACUUGUUGAUCGAAACAGUCUUGGCAUCCGUUGUCCGAAUCUUAGCGCUGACAUGUUUAAUAAAUUGGUGUUUGUCCAGUCACUUGAUUACCUAGAAGAAGACCUCUACAGCGAGUGUCUGGAUGUACCACGGCUCCUGGUGUUUCAUUCAGCAGUGCAAACCUGGAGCCCACCACGUGUAGCCUGCUGCCGUGUAUCAGUGCAUGUGCCUGUGUAAUGUCUGACAUCAAAACUACUGUCUGUGGCCACGCCAGCCUGACACGGCUCAAUGAGACAGAUGGACAAGAGGCUACAGCCUCUUGUCCUGCAAGACUCAUCCACUGGUGACAACCAGCAGUUGGGGCGACCUAGGCUCUGGAGAGAUGGGAUUGCAUAGUAACCAGUUAAAAUUUUUUUUGACCUACGGAGACUUUGCUUCACUCCAACUUUCUGUUUGACCCACAGUGUUGCAAGUCGAACCAUAACGUGUAGGUUGGAACAGGCAUCAGUGAAUCCAUUAUCCAAAGUGAACCCCAUCACCAGGAUGAAGUUGAAAAAUAAUACCAGUUGUUCAACCUACACGUUGAUCCACUAACCAUAAAUGUAAAAAUAUCAUUAGACCGAAGAGAUACGCAUCUUAAUCAGAUUAACAGUGUCAUGCACGAAGCAGAAAAGGCUCUGUAUAAUCACAGGCAUGAUGGUGACUUAGAAAUACUUACGUCUAAUGCUUGGACAGAGAUUACUCUUAAAGCUUUAAUUAUAUUGAUUUUGUGUGUGUCAAUUUUGUUUUGUCAUGUGUUUUGCUAAAACAGCCUAAACUUCAGUUAAAUGCUUUCACAUCAGCUACGUGAUUUUUUUCCCCCAGGGAGUCACCCUGUUGCUAUAAAUCUGAGCGGGGAGGGGCUAUUAGCCAAUAUCAUAUAUUUCUGACGGUUUUGUAUUUUCGCACUUUCGCUAAGUUGUGUAACUAUGAAGCAGACUCCUAGCAUGCUUUGUGUUCAUGCUAAGCUUACAGUUGUUGACUUGUGACCCCUGAGCUGAUUUUGAAAGGUCCAUAUUUAAAAACUAUUUUUUCUUUGCUAGGAAUGGCUUGCUUACCGUCUCAAAUAAUCUGGUGGGGUGUUUGGAAAAUGAGUUAAAAGCUGGUCAGACCAACUCCAUACACCAGGAUGACAGGAUAGUGGAAUCAUGUCUACUUAUGGUGUUUUUCCACUUACUGUUUCUUCCAUCUUCACCUGUGAUGCUUCCGGUGGUCUCCAUGAGGUUGGGAGCAUGUGCAAGGCAGGGAAACAUUUUGCUGUUUCCUUUUCAGUUGGAUGUUAAAGUUUUCAGAUCUCUGUGAGACCUACCAGUGUCAGCUGGUAUGAUACAUUUUACGUAGCUGCAUGAGUACCGUGAUCAGUGACUUGUGCGCUCUAAAUUAAUCAAAGGCUACGGAGUGAGCUGUAUAUAACCUCUGGUAUUUGUAAGUGUAGGAACUGUCAAGCAAGAUGUAUGUUCUGUUAAGGCUUGCCAAAUAACAAUUAGCGUACAAAAUACAGGGUAUAAAGUGAUAGGAGUGAUUGGUGCAGGUGUCUUGGGUGAAGAUGUCUGUAGACCUUGAAAAACAGGUGGGGAAAGUAGAUAAGAAUAGGGAAAUUAGGUCUUUGAUGUGACCGUGAGAUGGGGGUGGGUGGGGGAGCGGAGGGUGUUCUGCCUAUUGAAAAUGCAGGAUAUAAAUGUCAGCUAAGCUCAUGAUUUUGGAACAGAUUGAAGACUGCUGCGAGCCUGUAUCCCCACCUGGUACAGUGCUAACCUUUGCUUUUCUGUAUUGUGCUGAUCUAUCUUUGCUUAAUAAACUGACUGAGCAUGGUUAGCGGAUGUGCCAUUGAUCGGUAAUUUAAA